AUGGUCUACUCACUUGGUUACCGCCGCCCGAGCCGAGUCUCUGACGGAUCUUCAUUGACAUCCUCAAACGAGAAGAGAUUCUCCGGCGAAGGUUCUUACCACUCUGGAACAUCUGGUUCGAUCAAAGGUAUCCCGGAAGCAUUAUCAUUUGAUCGAAUCAUUGCUGGCGGCACCUGCCCCCCUUGCACCACCCGUGACUUUAUGAACUAUCUAAAGUAUAUCGAACACAGCGCUGAGAACUUACAAUUCUAUCUCUGGUAUCGCAGCUACGUCGAACGGUUCGAGAAGCUGCCAGCUUCCGAGAAGGCCCUCUCGCCAGAAUGGAGUGCUGCGCAAAUGGACAACGAGAUCACUCAACCCGCUCGUCGCAACAAGAAGACUCCUGCAGCAAUUGCUACCGUGCUCGAAGGGACCGAGUUUGCCGACACGGCGCCUCUGGCUUCCGAGAAACGAGAUCCCUUCAAUGAUCCUCGUAGCGAGUCUCCAGAGACUUUGAGGGCUCCUGCAUCCCCUACCUUCUCAGACUUUCCCUCUUCUUUGAACACGGAAAGACCGCUAUCUUGCCAAUCAGACUUCAAUCGCAAGGCCGACGAAGCAUUGACGGAUGCAGGCAUGCGAUGGAAGCCUUUCACCGCACAACCCUUCCGUGAAGAGUUGACCCGCAUCAUUACCAUUUACAUUGCUGUUGAUGGCUCUCGUCAGCUCAACCUUUCUGGUCGUGAGCGAAGCGCUGUUCUGCACGCUCUCCAACAUACCACACACCCAUCUGCUCUACGCGCCGCAUUCACCAGCGCAGAGAUUUCGCUCCGUCGCCAGGCCCAUCCCAACUUCAUCCGCUGGACCAUCUGCAACGGCAACCGCCCUCGUGUGAUCUUCGCCCGAGGCUUGGGCAUUUCUUUGAUCGUCCUCGGCAUCCUCGCAGACAUCCUCAUCACUCUGAGCUCUGUGGGUCGCGCGUGGCGAGUACUCCCCAUGGUGGGCUUGAUGCUAGGCAUCUCGACCCUAAUCGCAGCCUGGAAAGGCAUGUGCGUCGUCCUGCACGGAAUGCACCACCGCCACCUGCGUCCCUGGGAACUGUUUGCAGACCCGGAAGACGCGGCAUCCACGAAACGCAGCUCCGAAGACUCUUUGAUUAGUCCUCCUGACACCGGAAGCUACGAAGACGAGCCCUGGGUCGCCAAAUACGAGAAGCGCAAUAUCAUCCGCAAAGUUUUCGAUCGCGAAGUCUGGAUCCAGGAGCCGGCGUUGAGACAGAUUCAAGAUACGAUUUUCGUGCAGAGUUUGUUGGGUGCGUUUUUGGUUUCUUGUGUUGUUGUUGGUGUGUUUUGCGCUGUGCCGCGUGGUGGAUUCUUCUAG